AUGAAAGCCACUAACACAGAUUUGGGAGACGAAGCGUUUAAAGCCGUGACAAACCCGAUCCUUUCACAAAUGGAGGAAAUCAUCAACACAGCUAAACAUGUUGCAUAUCGCGUGGGAGUUAUACGAAGUACAAAUUCAGAUCCUAAUUUUCUUCGAGAUCUUGACGAGGUAGACAAGAUGGGGGAUGAUGUCUUUGAGAAAUCAAAAACUGCCCUAGACAUAAUGCGAAAAGCGGUUGUUGAUGCAAAGGAAAGGAAGAAAGCUAGAGAUGAAGCAAUAAAGGAAGAAGAAGAAGCAAGGAAAGAGGAAGUAAAGAAGAAAGCAAAGAACGAAGCAGGAGAGAGCAGUUCACACAACGUACCAACGUAAUUAAGUAAACAUAAAAAGUUAAUAAGCA